AAAUGGACUUCGAUAUUUUCUGUGACAGAUGUAGUUCACAGUUUGAUGAGGACGAAAGGAUCCCUCUCGUGCUUGAGCGCUGUGGCCACAGCAUCUGCAGAGCAUGCCAACCUUAUAUCAAGAGGGCUAGAAUGUGUAAUGUUUGAGACGAACCACAAGAGCACCCAGAGAAUUUAGCGGUUAACAAACCUCUUCUAAAGAUGAUGAGAAUUUUGAAAAAGAGAGAUGGAAGUUCAGGGCAAAACCAGCCUACUUCACAAAUAAAUAAGGAUAAUUUGUGAGAGAUUCACUCAAUGAAAGAAGUUGAAUAUUACUGAAAGGAUUGAAAAGCACUAAUUUGUCCAGAAUGAAUGUUUUCAGAUCAUAAUGGACACAAUUUCAUUCUGAUAGAAGACGCUGUGAGGUCAUUGAGUAAUGAGAUGAACAACCUUUUCACUUCUUAUGACCAACUUAGAUCUUUGGAAGCAAGCAAAAGUGCAAGAAACGAUAGAAAUGUGAAGGAAAUCCAGAAUAAGCUCGAACUAAAUAAGAACACUCAGAUCAAGUUCAUCAGACAAGGUUUUGAUAAAAUAGUAGAAGCUCUUGUACAACGCAAGAAUGAUUUAAUUCAAGAAAAUAUUGAGAAAUAUGAUGCUGAAGUUGAGAAUUAUGCCAGGUUUUCUAGAACAAAUAGCUCUAGAGAUAAGGCAACUGAUCUUUACAGAGCCAAAAUGGAAGAAAUACAAGCUAUGAAAGAUGAUCGAAGCAAGGGUGAAACACUGAAAAAAAUUAGGAUGCUCAAUGCAUUCAACCAAAAGUUUGGCAAUGAGGUGAGAGAAGCACAAAGAAUUUCUGAGAAUACUAAUAAGUUAGAAAGUAUGGAUAGCUCUUCUUAUAAAAUGCCUCAAUUAGGAGAAGAGUUUACCCCAAAGACUAUUGAUUCUACCUCAGCUAUUUCAUACAUAUUAAAUAUGACACUGGAAAACCAGUCCUUGAAUAGAGGAACAGGGAAGCAGUCUCAAAUGGCUGCUAUGAAUAAAGGAGCUUCUGGCUCUCAGUUACCUAUUCAUGGUAAAUAUAGGAAUAGUCAUGAAGCAAAUAAACCAACCAUAAGUGCAAACAAUAUUCAUAAUUACCAUCAGAAAGCCAUGAAUACAGGAAAGAAGACAGUGGAUACUGAGAAAGGAGCUGGAUCUGAGCGAGAGCCUGGAAUGAACUUCCAGCCAAAUUAUAAUAACUCCCCUCAAAAUUUUAUGCAGAGCCAUGUUGGCAAUAACACCAGAGAGGAGAGGAAGCAAAGAAGUAAUGAAGUCCCUCUUAAUCAGGUCUCAAAGAAAAGCUCUGAAGGGGCCUCUUACAUCCAGCAAGGAAAAGCGACAGGUUUUUACUGUAUUGGUGACCUUCCUUUUAUGAUAUUCUAUCAUACCGACAGUAAGAAAUGGUCGAAAAUUGAAUUUUCUGAGGAAUCUGCAUACAAAGGAGGACUUAAGUACCCCUCUAUUAUUAGACUAGGCUUGUCAGACGAGAUCAUCAUCACUGGAGGAUGAGAUAAUUAUACUGGAGAGGCCUCAGAAUCAGUCUUUAAAGCAAACGUUAGUAAGGUGGAAACCUUUAAGAAAAUAUCUUCAAUGAGCAAUAGAAGAUACGGUCACUGCUCUGCUUGAUUAAAAGGGUAUCUCUUUGUAAUUGGUGGAUUUGACCAUCAAGAUACUGAAACAACUUCGCCUUCAACAUUAGCUUCAUGUGAGAAAUAUAACCCUACUAGAGGGAAAUGGUCAAAUGUUGCUGAUCUGAUCCAUCCGGUUUCGUUUGCCUCUAUUGCUACUGUUGAAGACACCUACCUUUAUCUUUUUGGAGGGUUUGAGGACUAUACAACUGUAGAUAUAAUCCAAAAAUAUAAUUUCUUAGUAGAUAGUUGGGAUUUACUGAGCAUAAAAUUGCCUGUCAAACUUGCUAAAAUGGGGGCCGCUACAAUUGAUAGUGACACUAUCCUUGUAGUUGGAGGCAUUUAUGAAGACUCAAACAACGAAACCCCACUUUCAUUAAUAAGCAGCUGCUAUAAAUUCAAGCUUGGAAGAAUGAUCUGGCAGAAAGCUGGUGGAAUGAAGAAUAAAAGAACUUUAAAUUCUUCUCUCUUCCAUUACGAAGAUCAGAUUUAUGCAAUUGGAAGCUCAAACAAAGGCGCUUGUGAAAAAUACGACAUACAAGUAAAUAGGUGGAUAAAUAUCCCUGGAUAUGACAAGAUUUUGCCAAAUAAUGAUCUGCAAUCCUUCUCUGUGUGCUUGUAUGAUCAUCAUGAUAAGUAAUUAUAUAAUAUCAGCUCUCUGGUUUCAUC